GCUAAGUAACCAACGUCAACAGCUCAAUUGAUAAAAACGCUGAUGUGUUGCCAGCUGAAAGAAUUCAAAAGAAGAGUUAUAUGCGGACUUUUUAGUUCAUAUAAUGGAGGAGACGGGACUGACUGGAGAGGACUCUUUUGAGUCCUUGGAGGAGUUCCAGAUGGUCCUCAGAGAGCUGGUUGGAGACAAGAGCAUGGACAAGAUCCGGGUGGAGUACGAGAAGCUCAUCCACGCACUGAAGAAGUCGCGAGAGAAUGAAAAGAGGCUGAUGUCUAAAUGCAGGGAGCUGAAUGCAGAGAUCGUGUCUACCUCUACUAAAGUGGCAGCUGCUCUGAAGUUGUCCCAGGAAGAUGAAACCACAAUUACUUCACUCAAGAGGGAGCUGGAUAAAGCUUGGAAAAUGGUUGAUGCUGCUCAUGAUAAAGAGAAGAAGGACAAAGAGACCAUCAGGAAUUUAAAAGAAGACGUCUCCAAGCUCACAAAAAUGGCUGAACAGCAAACUAGUCCGUCCAUGAACCAAGAACAGAGUGAUCUACUUAAAAUGAAUGAGGAGUUAACUAAGGAGAGAGGUCAGCUGCUGACAACAGUGGAGGAUCUGAGAGAACAACUGAACAAGUCCAAUGCAACCCUACAAGAGAUCGAGACCCAAAGAGAGAGUGCGCUGAAGGACAUUUCUCAGCUCAGGCAGGAGCUUCAGGUACAACAGAAUGAGAUUUCCCGAGAGAUGAGGCUAAAGGAAAAGCUGGACAAGGAGGUAAAGCAGUUGCACACUGACAUGGAGGCCAAGAUGGGUGAUAUCAAAGCUCUGAAUCUGCAAGGUCAAAAGGCUAAAGAGGAGCAGCAGAGACUGGAGCAGCAGCUAAAAGAGCUAAAGGUCAUGAAUGAGCGAUCUGCCAAGGAGCUGGAACAGAUGCAGGUAAAAAAUACCAAACUGCAGCAAGAGUGUGACCAGCUCUCAUCCACCAAAGAACAUCUCUCCCUGGAAAACCAACAAAAUGCAAAUGAACUUAAGAUGCGAGACGAGGAGGUGAGUCAGAUGCGUCAAGAGAUUGCCAAGCAAACAAAGAUGAGAGAAGCUAUUCAAAAGAAGUUCCACCAGAUGGAGGAUCAAAAAGCUGAUGUGGACGUGCAGAGGGAGACACUAAAAGCUCAGAUUGCUGCUCUAGAGAAAGACCUUGAGUCUUCACAAAAGCAAGUGGAAGUUGACAAGAAAGCUAUAGAUGAGCUGAUCCGAGAGCGAGACAUCUUAAAUAAGAACAUGAUCAAAGCUGUGCAGUCGACUGAGAAAGAGCAGAACAUUGUGAAGCUCCUCGAGCAGGACAAGAAGACCCUGGAGCACGAGAUCAGCGGUUACCGACAGGAGGCCCAAAAGCAGCGCAAGAUCAUCCAGCAGCUGGAAAAAGAACGCGACCGCUACAUCAACGAGACCAGCAGCCUCAUGCAGAAGGUGCAACUAAAAACGAAUGAUGUUGAAGUUAAAGAGAUGGAGAUAUUUGAUUGGAGGAAGAAGGUCACCGAGGCAGAGUGCAAACUCAAACAGCAAGAGAACCUGCUAGAGUCCGUCGUGUCUGAAAGGAACCUCUACAGCAAAAACAUCAUCGAGGCUCAGGAAGAGAUCGCAGAGAUGAAGAGAAAGAUGAAGACCAUGAACAACCAGGUCACUCGGCUGAGAGAUGAGAUUAGUGGAAAGGAGCUGGCCCUCGCAAAGGAUCAGCAGGAACACAAGCGCUUAGAGAAAGAUAACGAGGCCCUCAAGGGGGAGCUGCAGUUGCUGAAGCAGCAGCUUGACGAAACUAAGCAGCGCGUUGACAGUCAGAGAGCAGAACAGCAAAAACUGCAGAAGAUAAUAGUCGAUGCUGAUGCUGAGCAGAUCCAACAGAAGAAACAACUGGAGCAGGUGAUCAGAGAGCGGGACAACCUGGGCAAACAGCUGCUCCAUCGCAACGAUGAGCGGGCAUUGCUGUAUGAGAAGAUCAGGAUCCAGCAAUCAAUCCUGAGCAAGGGGGACUUUCACUACAACCAGAGGGUGGAAGACAUCCGGCUCCUCAAGCUGGAGAUCAAGAAGCUCAGACGCAAGAAGAGCAUCCUGGACAAAACUUUGCCCAACACAGAGGACCUGAGGCAAGAGCUGUUCCACCUGCAGAAGCAGCUGCUCAGAGAGAGAGCAAGGAACAGUGUCCUGGAAGAACAGCUGAAGCCCAUAAAUAUUCACAGAUGGAGGCGACUAGAGGGCAGUGACCCCGGCAAAUAUGAACUCAUCCAGAAGAUUCAGUCCUUACAGAAGCGACUGAUCACCAAGACCCAGGAGCUUGAAGAGCGAGAACUCUUAUUACAGGAAAAAGAGAAGCUGUACGUGGAGCUGAAGCACAUUCUGGCCCGUCAGCCGGGUCCAGAGGCUGCUGAGCAGCUCCAGCACUGCCAGUGGACCAUCAGAGACAGAACCAAAAAGCUCAAGGUGCUUAUAGCAGAGCUGAGGAUGCUUGACUCACGGAUGAAUGAAUACAAAAGUGAGAAUCAAAGACUGGCCAAUGAGCUAGCAAACAUUAAGAAGAAAUACCUCAGUCAGAAAAAGCUCCACAGUGAGCAGAAGACAAAGACCAAGGUGGAGCAGCUGGAACCUCUGCCCCAACUGAGCAGCAAACCUCACUUCACUGGAGGAGGCUUCAGGAUUAACAACCCUGUGAGAAGAUAGUGGUCAUUAUUAAGAGAUGACCUUUAAAUCCAUCCCCCUGAUAGCCUGGCAUAAUUAUCAGAAUAUGAGUCAUUUUGAUUUCACAUGUUUCAGCCGAUACAGAGGAAAAAAAUAAUGAGAUAGACUAAUCAGAAGUGGUAAACAAAUUCAACUCCACAGCACUCAGACGACAUGGACGAUUAUGUCGCUGUUACUCUUCUGUCACUGCAUAAAGCCUGCUCAACACAUUU